UGCAGACCCAGGGAGGGCCAUGAAGGUGCUGCUCCUCACUGGGCUGGGAGCCCUAUUCUUCGCCUAUUAUUGGGCUGACAACUUUGACCCAGCUAGCCUCCAGGGAGCUCGUGUGCUGCUGACAGGGGCCAGUGCAGGUGUUGGGGAGGAGCUGGCAUAUCACUAUGCCCGUCUGGGCUCCCACCUGGUGCUCACUGCCCACACCGAGGCGCUCCUGCAGAAGGCGGGCUGGACUACCUCGUGCUGAACCACCUCGGUGCUGCCCCGGCAGGCACGCGGGCCCGCAGUGCGCAAGGGACGAGCUGGCUCCUGCAGGUGAACUUCCUGAGUUACGUGCAACUAACUUCGUUCGCGCUGCCCAGUCUGACAGACAGCAAGGGCUCCCUGGUGGUGGUGUCCUCGCUGCUCGGCCACGUGCCCAAGUCCUUCUCCAGCCCCUAUUCGGCGGCCAAGUUUGCACUGGACAGUUUCUUUGGCUCCCUGCAGCGGGAACUGGAUGUGCAGGAUGUGAAUGUGGCCAUCACCAUGUGUGUCCUGGGCCUCCAGGAUCGUGCCUCAACUGUGGAGGGAGUCAGGGGUGUCGCAAGGACCAAGGCGGCUGUGGGGCCCAAGGCAGCCCUCGCUGUGAUUCGCGGAGGUGCCACUCGCGCCUCCCGCGUCUUCUACCCCUGGCGCUUCCACAUGCUCUGCCUUCUUCGGGCCUGGCUGCCUCGCCCAAGGGCCUGGUUCAUCCGCCAGGAGCUCAAUGUCACUGCCUGAGCUCCUGGGGUGGAGCCCCUUCAUCUUCUCAGAGGGGAACUUCAUCCAGCUGUCCUGAAGGCCAGACAAAAACAGACACCUCUGAGAGGGUGGCCAAGGCCCAAGAUAGCGUCAUCAACACAGGAAAGGAAAACCAAGAGAAACUACUAGCACCUGGAAACAAUGCAAUCUCUGGGUGUGAGAGCAGCUACUGUGUGCCAGUUCCUUGUCAGGGACUUGGAAGGCAUUAUCUCAGUCUUCUUGGUCAUCAUUGUUGAUGUGGUUGCUACUUCCAUUUCACAAAUGGGGAAACUAAGGCUCAGAGAGAUGUAAUGUGGCAAGUCAGCCCUAGGGCCCUGGCCACAUCAAACAGGUGGUGUGACCUGUUUGAUGAGACACCCUUGGAACCUUUUCUGUCUCUCACCUGGAUCCACCUGGUUUGUUCUUUCUACUCACUCAAUCUCAAAGCAUCCCCCAACCCUUGCCCUAAGCAAGGGAGAGCCACAAAGCUAUCUACCCAAUGGUAGGGUCCGAGGAGGGGGAGGAGGGAAUGAACGUGUUCUGCCCUGUACCCAGCCUUCCUUUUCAUAAUAAAAAUCCUUUUUCCCUUGCACAUCUGUUCAAGUUUCUUGGUCCUUCCAUUUUGCUCGUAGCAGGCAGGGAAGAGAGGAUGUAUGUACUAAGAGCUCUCAACCCCAUUUUACAGGUGGAGAAACAGGCUGGGAGAGAGGUGGACUCACCCAGGAAGUCUGGGGCAGAAGAAAGGGUACCGAUUGUGUACCAAAGGCGUUAUUUACCACACAAAGUACAUGCCUUGUGCACCAAUAAUGAUAAUGUGCAUCAGGCCCUACACACUUGACUUUAGGAUUGAAAGAUAAAAACCAGAAAAAAAAUUUUUUUUGUUCUCAUCAUGCCUCUCAUCUCUGCACCACCUAAAAUUAAAUAGAAUGACAUCAAUUGCCACCAGCGGGCACUAUACCACAUCGUCUUCCUCGGCCCUAACGUGGAGCUUAGCCUCAUAUAAAAUACCUCCAUUUAUGGAAGUUUUAUUUUGUGUCAGGUACCAUACAUAAUAUCUUGUUCAAGCAGUUUG